UGUACUCAAUUUAUUAUUAAUUAUUAUAAAAAGCCUGGCAGGUGUGAGCUACGAGUGAAUUAAAAAUGAGAAUAUUGGAUGCUUACCGUUUCAACAACAGGUUGCAUAUUCUCAUGUAUAAUAUGUUGUUGCAUAAUUUCCAUUGGUUAUCUUUUCUUUUAACCAAAUAAUCGUAUCCUCUUCUACCAAUCAAGUGGCUUUUGUCUCCACCUACUUCCAUAGACUUUCUUUACAAACUGAUAACGUUGACAUUUUGAUUUAGCCAUUGCUAGAACCAUAUUUUUUUAACUUACACCCUUGAUCGAGGUCAUUCGGUUCAUCUCAUCCAAGUUUAUUUGCAAUUGUUUCAUAUAGAUUUUUCCCAACAUAGAUAUUAUUGUAUAGGAUCCUUCAAGUAUACCUUCGAUGGCAUCCUCUUCAACUUCAUCUGUUCCUAAGAGCUUUAAGUAUGAUGUGUUUUUGAGUUUUAGUGGGGAAGACACCCGUAAGAACUUCAUUGAUCAUCUUUAUCAUGCUCUUCAGCAGAACAACAUUUACACUUACAAGGACGACAAGAGAAUCAAGAAAGGGAAACGGAUCAGCGAUGAGCUCAUGGGAUCCAUUGAAGCCUCAAAAUACUUCAUCAUUGUUUUCUCAAAGAACUACGCCUCUUCAUCUUGGUGCUUAGAUGAGCUUGUGAAAAUAAUGGAUUGUCACAAGACAACCAAGCAUACUGCUUACCCAGUCUUCUAUGAUGUGGAACCCUCUGAAGUCCGCAAACAGAGUGGGGAAGUUGGAGAAGCCUUUGCCAGACACAAAAAGGAAGAGGCUGCUGGGAAAUGGAGAGAGGCUCUCAAAGAAGCAGCUGAUCUGGCAGGGUGGGAGUUGAAAAACACUGCUAAUGGGCAUGAAGCCAAAUUCAUCCGACAAAUCAUUGAAAAGCUUUCAUUAGAGUUACGGUCCAUUAAGGUCUGCAUUGGUAAAAACUUAGUAGGCAUGGAGACCCGGAUAAAUGAUAUUAUAUCAUCUUCAGGAAUGGCUUCUGAUGAUGUUUCCAUGAUCGGGAUCAUAGGGAUAGGAGGUGGUGGGAAGACAACUUUGGCCAAAACUAUUUUUAGUAAAAUAUCCUUUCAGUUUGAAGGCAAAGCUUUUAUUGAGAAUGUCAGGGAAGUUUCGAAUGCUUCUUUGUCCGGUUUGGAGUUGUUGCAAAAUAAAGUCCUUUCAAAUGUUUUAAAUGAUAAAGGCAUCCACGUAGGCAGUGAAUGCGAGGGGAAAAACAUGAUGUCAUGGAUGAUGCGCGGUAGAAAGGUUCUUCUUGUUCUAGAUGAUGUGGAUCAUCUAGACCAACUUGAGGCGUUAGCUGGUGACCCUAAUUGGUUUAAGCCGGGAAGUAUGAUUAUUAUUACAACAAGAGAUUUGCAAGUGCUUGUAGCACAUGGAGUAAAGUUAAUUCAUAAUGUCAAUCUUUUAUCAGAUAAGGAAGCAAUUUGGCUCUUUAGUAGGUAUGCAUUUGGGAAAGAGAUUCCAAGUAAUGGGUAUGAAGAGUUAUCUAGAGAAGUAGUAUGUUAUGCUGCUGGUCUUCCCUUGACAAUCAAAGUUUUGGGUUCGUCUCUGUGUGGUAAAAGUAAGCUUGAAUGGGUAGAUGCCUUGGCCAGACUAAAAACAAUUCCUUUAGAGGAAACCCAGAAAAAAUUGGAAUUAAGCUAUAUUGGUCUAGACGACGAUUACAAAGAAAUAUUCCUAGAUGUUGCAACCAUAAUGAAAGGUUGGCAGAAAGAGACGGCCAUAAUAGCACUUGAAAGCCGUGGAUUUCAUGCUAGAAUUGGGUUAAGGGUUCUUGAGCAAACAUCUCUCAUAACUAUUAAUGAUGAUUUUGAUGAACGUGUGGGCCUGCAUGACCAUUUAGAAGAAAUGGCCAAAAAUAUUAUUUGUCGUUCGCACCCCGAUAUGCCUAACCAGCACAGCCGAUUGUGGAAUUACAAAGAAAUUGAAAAUAUAUUGGUGAAUGACUUGGGUACUGAAGCAACAAAAGGCAUUCACUUCUUUCCAUUGAGAUUCAAUGCGAAAGUUUUUAUGAAUGGUCUUAGAAAGAUGAAGGAACUGUGGUUUCUUGAUGUGGUAGAUCUUCACUUGAAUUUGGAGAAUGAUAAACUCGUGCCAAACUUUUUAAAUGCUUUAGGAUUUCUGUGUUGUAAUUGGAAAUUUAAUAAGGUCAGUCUAUACUUUCCAAAUUCUUUACGAUAUUUGCAAUGGUACAAUUACCCUUUUAGGUCUUUACCCGAAACAUUUGAAGCAAAUAAUCUUGUCGCGCUUCAUAUGGCUAACAGCGGUAUUGUACAACUUUGGGAAGGGGGAGAAAGAAAGGUUUUUAACAAGCUCAAAUUCCUUUUCCUCAGUGGUCCAAAUUUGAGGUCCCUUGACCUUGGGUUGGCUCCAAAUCUCGAGACGUUGAGGCUUCAACGAUAUGGUGGUUUGGUAGAACUUUACAUGCCCAGGGAAUGUCUAAAACUCAGAUCUCUUGAACUUUUUGAUGUAAAGUUGCGGACCCUUGACCUUGGGCUGACUCCAAAUCUUGAGAACUUGUUGCUUGUAAGUGGUGAUAUGGUAGAACUUUACAUGCCUGAUAGAUGUCUAAAUCUAAGAUCCCUCAAUGUUGAUCAUUCAAAUUUGAGGACCCUUGAUAUUGGGCUGACUCCGAAUCUCGAGUAUUUAGUUCUUAGAAGUUGUUAUGAUCUGGAAGAACUGCACAUGGCCAACGAAUGUUUAAAGCUCAGGUCCCUCUAUCUUAGAGGUUUAAAGUGGAGGACCCUUGACUUUGGGCCAAGUCCAAAUCUUGAGAGGUUAGAUCUUCAUAAAUGCACCAGUCUAGAAAAAUUUCACAUUUACGAAUGUCCGAUACUCACAUGCAUCGACAUCAGCAAUUUAAAGUUGAGGACCCUAGAUCUCAGGCGGGUUCCCAAUCUCAGUAAGUUGUCUCUUUCUGAAUGCAAAGUUUUGGUAAACCUUCACUUGCCCCAUAGAUGUCUAAAUCUCAGGACCAUUAAAUUCACUAAUUCAUGGUUGAGGAUCUUUCAUCUUGGGCAGACUCCAAAUCUCGAGGAGUUGGAUCUUGUGAAAUGUGAUUAUUUGGUGGAAAUUCAAGUGGUUGAUGAAUGUAAUAAGAUUGUAUCCCUUGGGCUUGACCAUUUAAAGUCGUGGACCCUUGACCUUGGGCUAACCCCAAAUCUCAAGAAGUUACAUCUUAAAGAAUGUUAUUACUUGGCCCAACUUCAUGCUCCCAUGGAUUGUUUAAAAAAUGUUGUGUACUUCAACUUAAAUGGUUGUUUGGGGUUUAGAUCUUUAUUUUUUAACAGAAGGGAUGAUACUUCUGGUAGAGUGCAUGAAUCACUUGAGGUUGGUCCUUUAGCUGAGUUACAUUUCACCCUAGAAAGAUGCCCACUUCACCCUGACAAUAAUUUUCCAGACUUUGAGUUUACAUGUUUUCAUAAAGAAGAUAUACCCUCAAUGACUAGAGGUAUUGAGAAGCUUAUUUCUGAGGGUCAGUGUGCUUGCACAAAAUUUGAGACGUUUUCAAGAAGCAUUUGUGGGCUACAGCGAUAAAGGAAAGCUUAAUCUUCUUGAGUAGGCUUAUGAACAGUAACCUAGAGCUAGUCGGUUACUGUUCAUCGGUCGGUUGAUGACGUAACUUUUCAGCCGGCCAAUUUUGAUCCCUCCACCGCCAUUGCCUUCGAUUAGAUUUGCUCACUUUGCUCACCCCCACUUCAAUCGCAAUUUCCCUCGCAAUCACAGACGUAUUUACUCACCACCGCCCACUUCAAUCGCCGAAUUCCAAGUCUGAGUCGCUUUAUCGGAUUAUCUUACACUCACUGAACCUAUGAUUUUGAAGGUUUCAAAGAUUUUGCCCUAUUUUCUAUUUGUUUCGUUUGCAGGUUUCAAAGAUUUUGUCCACAAUGGAUUAUCAGCUGGCUAAUAAUACCAAUUGUUUUGGAGGUUUACGGAGUGGGCGGGACAUGGUUAUGGGCAUAAGGACUGCCAGUAGUCUUUAUAUGUUGGGAAGGAUAGAUGCAUAGUGAUUUUGAACAUCUUAAACCUCAAAUUGUUAAUCAGGUACUUCUUCUUCGAAGGGAAAGGAGCCAGCACAAUAGCAUCGCAUCACACACAUGAUAUUCCGCACAUGAGAUUCUUGGGAUUUGUAUUCUGACAUUAUUUUUUCUAUGAUAUGUUUUUGAGAUGAUCGAUUUAUGGUUUUCAUGAUAUGAGAUAACAUUGAUGAUGUUUUUAGUAAUCUGUUUUAUGAAUCUUUAAACUAAAAAUGAAAUUUUUGGUCUUGAAAUUUGGGAUGUUACAAGUUG